GCGGCGCCGCGGGGUGGUGAGUGUUGUCACGAGGCAUCGGCAAGGCGCAGUAGCGGGAGGAGGCGGUGGGAGGAGCACGUUAGUCACCAUGGCGCUCACACAUUUCCUCGACCACCUUCACGCCACUGCACAAUUCACCAUCAAUGAGUACCCGAUCACUUGUCUGGUGGGAGUGAUAUCACUGGUGGUGCUGCUCCUGGCUCUCUCCCGCCUGCAGGUUUCCUCCCCUAAGGAGAUUACGGAUGAGAUCAAGAGAGAAAUAAAAAGCAAAGUUGACAAUGUCAAGGACUUCGUGGGUGUGGGGACUCGGCCGAGGUUCCGCAAGCGGGACAAGAUCUACUUCUAUGGCAAGAAGAUGCUGCGCAAGGUCAAGGCCAACAUCCCCACCCGGCCCGCAGCAUCACGGCUCCUGGCCAAGCGUCUGGCGAGGCAGCUGCUGGGGCGCUCAGACCGAGACUCCCCGCAGCUGGAGGUGAUUGAGCCUCCCAUGGAGUACAUGCAGGAAGAUCUCACACACUUGGAUCCCAACGUACCCACAGAGUUUGUGUUCAUGCUGCGGAACAUCAGAGUGUUUGGCCAUUUUGACACACCACUGUUCCUGGAGCUGUGUAAGAGUUUCCAGACAAUUCAUCUCUUCAAGGGACAAAAGCUCUUUUCUAUUGGUGAUAACGAUGAGAACAUCUACAUCGUGCAGAAGGGAAGGAUCAGCGUGUAUGUCUCCGAGCCCGACGGCAGCACGUUCUCCCUGAAGGAAGUCCUGCCAGGGGAGUCCAUCAUCUCCCUGCUAUCCUUCUGUGACAUCCUGACGGGCCACCCCCAGCCCUACAAGACCAUCGGUGCACGUGCUGAGGAGAAGUCCAUCGUCAUGAAGAUUCCUGUGGAGGCUUUCAGGGACGUGUUCAAGAAGUACCCGGAGAUGUUUGUGCGAGUGGUGCAGAUCAUCAUGGUGCGCCUCAUGAGGGUCACCUUCACUGCCCUGCACCAGUACCUUGGCCUCUCCACGGAACUCAUAGACAAGGUGCCACGGAGAGAUAGUGGAGGCAAUCUGGUGCCUUCCCUUGCCUCGCCCAACAAGGUGAAGCGAGACAGUGGCUCCACACCUGAUGGGGAGGAGGAAGGGGGAGGGCCAGGCACACCCGUCAGGCAGAGCAGUGCACGCAAGAUUGUUCUGGUGGACCCCAAGGAGGAGACAGAUGAUGGGCACUCCCUCAGGGUGGCCACUGAAAAGUUCCAGGCGCUGCUGCACCUCGACUCAGAUGAAAUCCUGCGGGACUCGGUGGAGGUGCGGGAUGUGCCCUCGGGGUCCUUCCUCAUGAAACAGGACUCCAUGCAGGAAACUGCCCUGGUCUAUAUCCUGGUGGGGACUCUUACAGUGUCCCAGCAUGAACCUGAGGGAAAUGAGGACGUUAAAUUGUUCACCGCCUGCCCAGGGGACCUGGUGGGGGGCCUUGCGGUGCUCUCUGGCGACCCGUCCUUCUUCACCGUGAAGGCCAAGCAUGGGGCACGCAUCGCCACCAUCACCAGGGCCACGUUCUUCAAGAUAAUUAAGAAGAACCCAGAGGUGGUGCUGCAUGUGGCCAACACUGUCAUCCGCCGGCUGUCUCCCUUCGUGCGGCAGAUAGACUUUGCCCUGGACUGGGAGCACCUCGAGGCCGGCAGGGCACUCUACAAGCAAGGGCAGACUACAGACUCGACCUUCAUUGUGCUAAGUGGACGCCUGCGGUCGGUGAUCACUCACAAGGAUGGACGCAGGGAGGUGGUGGCCGAGUACGGCAAAGGGGACCUCGUGGGGAUUGUGGAGCUGCUGACACAGACUGAGCGUAGCACCACCGUCAUGGCCGUGAGAGACUCAGAGUUGGCCAAGCUGCCUGAGGGACUCUUCAACAACAUCAAGCUGAAGCACUCUGUUGUGAUGACCAGGCUUAUCAAACUCCUGGGUGAAAGGCUGCUAGGGUCCUGGAAGUCCACGCCUCGCAUUCCGCUGGGCCUGCAGGUGGAGCAGAGGCCUUCACAGAGUAACUUUUCCACCGUGGCCAUCGUGCCUGUCUCAGAGGAUGUGCCUCUCUCACAGUUCACAUUGGAGCUUUAUCAUUCCCUCCUUUCCAUUGGGCCCACAGUGAGGCUGACCUCAGAGUACGUGGUGCGGUCAAUGGGCACCAGCAUCUGGGAGUCUGCCAAUAAGUACCAGCUGGUGUCCUGGCUGGGGCACAUGGAGGACCAGCACCGCGUCACACUUUACCAGUGUGAUGCCUCCCUCACCAUCUGGACACAGCGCUGCAUCCGCCAGGCUGAUGUCAUCCUCACCGUGGGAUUGGCAGACUCAGAGCCGCAGAUGGGCAAGAUAGAGAAGCACGUUGAGAAGAUGGCAGUGAGGACCCAGAAGGUGCUGAUCCUGCUGCAUCGAGAGGACGGUCCACCACCAUCAGGCACUGUGCGCUGGCUCAACAUGCGGUCCUGGUGCCAGUCCCACCAUCAUAUCCGUGCUCCCAAGAGGGUCUUCCAUAAGAGAACCCCUGCCAAAAUUAUUGAGUAUUACACAGAGCGAGUGUUCUCCACGGAGCCCAACAUCCACAGUGACUUUUCCCGCCUGGCCCGGGUCCUCACCGGCACCACGGUGGGGCUGGUGCUGGGGGGUGGUGGGGCGCGAGGGGCAGCACACAUUGGCAUGAUCAAGGCCAUCAAAGAGGUGGGCAUUCCCAUCGACAUGGUGGCUGGAGUGAGCAUCGGGGCGCUGAUUGGGGCACUCUUCUGCCUGGAGGGGGAUCUGGCACGUGUGACACAGAAGGCCCGGGAGUGGAGCAUGAAAAUGACACAAAUCUGGCGGAUGGUGUUUGACCUGACCUAUCCUGAGGUGGCCAUGUUCUCCGGUGCAGGCUUCAACACCCUCAUUCACGAAGCCCUUGGAGACACCAACAUUGAGGACCUGUGGCUUCCUUACUUCACCCUCACCACAGACAUAACCGACUCUACCGCCCGCAUCCACACUCACGGAAGCACUUGGCGGUAUGUGCGUGCCUCCAUGUCCCUCUCUGGGUACAUGCCGCCCAUCUGCGACCCCCAGGAUGGACACUUGCUUCUCGAUGGCGGAUAUGUCAACAACCUGCCAGGUGAUGUGAUGCGCAGCAAGUGGAGUGUGGGCAACAUCCUGGCCAUUGACGUGGGCUGCCAGUACGAGACUCGCUUCACUAACUACGGGGACUGUCUGUCAGGCUGGAGUGUGCUCUUCCGACGCUGCUUCCCCUUCAAGUAUUUCCUCAGGAAGGAGCUCAAGGUGCCCAACCUCUAUGACAUCCAGUCCCGGCUGUCGUAUGUGUCCUGCACUCGCCAGCUGGAGGAACUGAAGGCAAGCAACUACUGUGAAUACAUCCGGCCACCCAUCGACAAGUACCAGACGCUACAGUUUGGCGCAUUUGACGAGAUCAAGGAGGUCGGGUACCAGCAUGGCAAGACGUACUUCAGUGGCAUGCUCAAGGGGGGACGGACCGUGGAGAGCAUCUACCAGCUGAGUUGUCACUCCUCCUCCGAGUGUUGGCAGCACAGCAAGUCCAGCCUCAAUGCAUCACCUGCCAGCUUCACAGACCUCGCUCAGGUGGUGUGUGCUGUCAAGAAACCCACUGCCAAUAAUGUGAUUGAAGAUUCCUCAGAGGAUGAUGUGGGGGGCGGCUAUGCCUCAGAGCCAAACACAAACACAGACUUCUUUAAUAAGGUGUCGGAGGAACUGAGUGAGGUGUGGCGGAAGAGGACAGGCUCUCUCUCUGACAACGACAUGAUGGAGCUCGACCACCAUGACAUGUUUGACACUCACCGCAGCCGUCAUCAUGAUGAUGAUGACGAUGAUGAUGAUGAUGAAGAUGCAGAGGCAGACAAUGAGGCAGAAGAUGCAGACCUCUAGUGGGAAGGGAACUAGGGAGAGAGAUGGUAAAGGGAAAAAAAAAACUUGCCUCAAAUUCUGAGGAAGAUGUGUGAGGUGAGGGAAAAGGCUGUUUGAUGUCUAUUGUUAUGUUUUGCUAUUGUUGAUAAUGUUUACUUUGCUCAUAUAGUUGAUUGGUAGUCUGGUCAGCCUGUGAAGUCAGUGCAUGACAGUUCAGGGAGUCCUCAAUUGCAGUUUUAUUGGUGAGUCAUGUACAUUUUGUGGAGAGUUUGUUCACUCUAGUUUGGUAAGUCUGAUUCCUAUCUCCUGAACUGUCACCAAGCACAGCACCAAGGGAAGGAGGUUGUACAUAAUAUAUCAUUUAUCUUUAGGUUAUUCUGGGCUCCUUAUACCUAAUAUACUUGCUUACUUUAUGUAAGGUUCUUACACAGCUCUUCAGAAAAAAAAAACACUUGUAAAGUUUUAAAGCUACCUAUUUUUUACAUUUCACACAGAUUUGUAUAUUAGGCAGAUGUGAGGGAGGAAAGGAUCCUGUUUAUGUUGUAUGAUAAAAGUAUAUUUUUACAGUGGUGUGAGAGUGAAUGUAUGGUCUGUGUUACUGGCUUGUUUCCUCACUUUGGCACUCCUUUACUGCACUCUCCUCUUUUCUGUCUGUCAAUCGUCACUACUCAAGAAUUGUACGACGCAGGUUCUCACUCCACAAAUUUCUCCUACAGACAUUCCAACCAGAGGAUUGCCCCCAAAAAUAUUUCCCUUAAUGGUGAAUGAAGUUAGGUUAGGGGAAUUUAUCAUGGAGGGAAUUAUUUGAGGUGAAAUUUUCGUGGAGGAAGCUUUGUGGUUAUGGUCUUCUCGGGUGAUAGUGAUGUAGAGGUUUUGGAAGUAAGGAAGUGAUGUGGUGUCUCAUUCUCACUGACUGGAAUGGCAAGGCACAGUAGCUUGUUAGUGAAAAGUGUGAAAGGAGUAGGAUUUGAUCUUGGGAAAGUGACAGGUUGUGACCUUAGUGACUGGGAUAGAAUAGUGGUGUGGUAUUUGUGAGUCGGAGUGUGAGAUUGUGCAACACUGGGAAGUGGGAACAACAAGAUGUCAUAUUGAAUGAUGAGGAGAAAGGACAAAGUUUGGCAGUGAAGAGUAGUCUCAGUUUUUGUACAUAGAAAUGACAUCAAGAUUGUUCAAUGAGGAGAGUUUGAUGUGUACUGAAGUUCACCCUGAGAUGGAGAAUGUAAACAAAGAAAAUCGUGCCAAAAAACACUGAACACAUUGUAGUGGUAGUGGAGGUCAGCACACCAGGGAGGGAAAGAAUAGAUGACGUAGUUGAAUUAUUGGGAAUGAUAAUGGGGCCAUUAACUUGGAGAGAAGUUCUGAAAACAUGAUUUUCUUGCUUUUAAGAGAUGGUGUAUAUACAUAUAUUUUUAGGACUUCUCUGUGUAUUGAGUGUUUGCUGCACAGAAUGCUGAAGUUCAUUGAAUCUUUGUUACACACAAUAGUACCUCCUUGAUCAGUGCAUCAAAUGUUUGCCAUAUAGACUAUUUCUCCUCAGAGUGUGUUUCCUGCACCGGAUAUUUCUUCUUUACAAAUAUGUUAUAGAUUUCCUACAUAGAAUGUUGUGUACUUUUAAAAGUCUAUUGAGCUUUACCUAUGCAUAAUAUUGUGUUAUCAGAGUCCAUUAAACAUUUUGCCAUAUCUUUGAAUAGUACACUAAUAAGCAGAAGCAAUGGCCUUCACUGUGUGCAGCAGGCAAGGGACUCCUGCCCAGUACACACUCUGCUACCUGUGGGAGAAGGAACUGGCUGCUCCCUAACCCUUAUCUUUCCUUGCAGGAAGGAGUAACCAAAGUUGCUUUUGUGUGUGCACAAGCCCAGAAAGUGUUACCUCAUGAAUCAAUGCAAGUGUGCUAGUCCAUUUUGCCAGAGGCAGAUCCACACACUGAAGGGGAGAGGCAGGGAUGAGAUCAUAGUGAAUCAUUUUAUCAUAUAUUCCUAACAUUUUGAGAAGAAUUACGGUUGUGUAUUUCACAUUGCCACUUAGAUUUCUGGAAAAGAUUAGAUGAAAAGAGACUGUAGAGACUGAAGCAUUCAGAUAAUUUCAUUUUGAAGAAAGAAUUGGAGGGUUAUUGACAGCCCUUUAACUCACACAUCUCACUUUCCUUGGUGUUCUGGGGUCUGCCUCUGGUGUUACAUCAGAUACUCAGAGACAAGAGUUGUGUGAUGUCUCUGCAGGAGUUGAGUGCAGCAGUAUUUAAGUUAUUGUCACAUUUGGAGUCAUUGCUCUCAUUUGGCUGACCAUGUAGUGAAUCAUUGUAGUGACAGCACUGACAAGUCAUUCCUAAUUCACUGGUCAUCAGCUGGCUGUCGGCACUGUAAACAUUAAAUCAUCACCACAUCCACAAGUUCAUUCAUGUACAUAUACUAGUACAUCAUUUGAAGGAAGAAGUGUGUUAAGAUAAUCACUUUGUACAUAAUUUUGCUAUCAGCAAAGUUUUACACAGCACAAAGGUUGUUGGAGGGAAGUGCCCUUUGCAGACGAGCUCUUGAACUUUACUAUAGAAAUACAAAGCAGGAUGUAGGUCAAGACUUAAUCACUUUUUUUUGGUCUGUUACCUCGCACAUUUAAGAAAAGUGCAAGCAAUCACAGGUUUGCCAGGAUGAGCAACUUUCAGUCUGAAUCAAGUGGCUCUUGGUGAUAUUAUAUUUCCUUGAUUUUUUUUUAAUACCUUGUCCCCCUGAAUUAGCAUCAAACCUCAUCAUAUCUACCCUUGAUGAUUCUGUUAAUGGGAGCGUAACAGUUGUGUCCUGAAGAUGGCACCAUAUGGAAGUAUCAGGCUAAUGAGGGAGGACUAAUGAUGAAGCGCACAUUGAAAUGCAUGUCAUUGUCUGAGAGGGGAGAUAAAAAGCUGUGGUACUUGAAGGGGAACAUUAAGGUGGCUGUGUGUGUGUGUGUGUGUGUGUGUGUGUGUGUGUGUGUGUGUGUGUGUGUGUGUGUGUGUGUGUGUGUGUGUGUGUGAGAGAGAGAGAGUGUUGUGUUCAAAUGCCACGAAAUGAGAGGGUGGUGGAUGACAAUGCCAGAGAGAACCUUAAACAUUUUAUAGGCCACCCUGCCCUCCUCUGUGUUGGAGCUCGUGGUGGAUGCCGCCAGGCUAUUGUUGUGCCCUAAUUGGUGUGUGUAAUUAUCAACCCGUAGUCUUUUGCAACCUGGUGGAUGACUGUGUAUAGUUCAGUGGGAUAGAGAAGAGGGAAGGACAUUGCAGGAUGGGAUGUAGUGGGAUUCUCCCGGUCAUGCUCUCCUCUCACUGGUCGGGACUGGUUUGUGGCAGUCCCAGCCAGAAGGGAGGGUGCUGGCUGUCCCCUGUGCGUGAAAAUGACUCUCAGUAGCAGUCUAGAAUAAAGUGCCUCUUUUUUAA